AUGCCGAAGAACAAGGGAAAGGGAGGGAAGAAUCGGAAGAGGGGGAAGAACGAGGCCGACGAUGAGAAGAGAGAGCUCGUCUUCAAGGAGGAUGGGCAGGAAUACGCCCAGGUCAUGCGCAUGCUCGGUAACGGCCGCUGCGAGGCCACCUGUAUCGAUGGCGUCAAGCGUCUCUGCCAUAUCCGCGGCAAGAUGCACAAGAAGGUUUGGAUCGCCGCCGGUGAUAUUAUCCUCGUCGGUCUCCGCGACUAUCAGGUCAAUCAUUUUAUUUUCCUUUUUGACAAGUUCCUGUUCUCAAUUGGGAAUUUUGCACCCACGGUGUGUUUGUGCAGUAUUAUUAACUCUGCUUAGUGUCUCUUUGUUACUAGUUUUGUUGUUUUAAUGGAAUAGGUAGCUGCAAAAACACAUACUAGUGCUAUCUGGUUUGUUUGUGGAGGAUUUCCUUGUUAAUUUGGGUUAAUUGAAUCAACUCUUGUUUGUUUGUGAA